CAGUACGCUACAUCUGUACUGGUUAUGGUGCAGGUGCACCCGCUUUCUCCAAGACAGCCCUGUAGGCUACUGUAUAUAAGCAUCCACUGGACCCUCUGCCUCUCUCUCCGUAAUCUGUCCCUCCAGAAAAAGCCAAAUAAGUUUGUUUGGCCCUUUUCUUUCGCUCUUCUUUUGCAUGGCACUGUCACUUGCUGCUUUAGCUAGUACUGGUCAGAUUUGUAGCGUUGAAGUUGAAGGAUAAUUUGGUGGUGGUAGAUGAUUAUGGCCUCAGAUGAAUAUGAUCUUUGGGAUGCUGAAAAGAUGCUUGAUUUGUACGUGCAUGAUUAUUUGGUGAAAAGGAAGUUGCAUAACACUGCUGCAAUUUUCCAAAAAGAAGCAAAUGUUGGUGCAAAUCCUGUUGCGAUUGAUGGGUUUUUACAUGAAUGGUGGACAUUAUUUUAUGAUUUGUAUGCCUCUAAGCAACUUGAGUACCAAGAGGCCAAGGCCAAGGCCAAUUCCUAUUCCUCUGCUAAGGAAAGACAGGUGAUGCAGAAUGAGCUACAAAAUGUCCUUCCCAUUGUGCCACAAUUGAGUAUAAAUCAGCAGAGGCCUGGACAAUUUCCUGUUGGCCCUAGCUCUAAGAUGAGGCAACUUCCUGCUUGCUCUUUGCUUGCAAGAAUGUAUGGAGAAGAGCAGCAUCUCCCUUAUCCUGUUAGAACAUUUAAUCAAAAUUUACAGCUUCUUCGUGGUAAUAAAUUUGAUCUGUCAAAGUCAGCUGCAACAAGGCCAAGCUAUCCUCAGCAGCAAAUUCAGAAUCAUGCUCAACAGCUAGUUCAGAACAGAAUCGGCAAUAGCUGUGGUGGAGCUAGUCCUAUGGACACUACCUUCUUCAGACUAAGGGGCACAUUCCCAAUAACUAAUUCCUGUGAUAUAGGGAUGAAUGAAGAAGCCAAUUCAAGUGGAUUUCUUUUAAACCCACUUAUGCAGACACCAAACCAUCCACAACAGUUUCUGAUGUUGACAGAGCAACACCAACGCGAUAUAUUAGUUCAAUCUCUCGCAUUAACAUCUGGAAACCUGACAUCUUCUCUGCCUGGAAACUCUGCUAAAAUCGAUGGUCGAAAUCUGAAACUUCCUAGAAUUAAUUUGAAUGGGAAAGAUGCACAGAAGAGGGACCAAAUAAGACAAACCAAAGAGCAACAAAACCAACAUGAUCAGUGUCUGAAGAUGCAGUCAGCAGAGAAGGGCAGAAAGAGAAGGAGACUGUCAUAUUCAAGAACUGGAGACAAAAGUUUGGUUUCUGCAAAUGCCGAAGUUGAUAAAGCUGUAGAUGAAAAUGUUGAAUCCUUUUUGUCCGCUGAAGAUGAAAAAGAUGAUAAUAAAGACACUCCUCUUGGCACUUUAAAACUCCGUUCUACUGCCCAUCGUAAAAAUGAUCACAAAGGCUUUACAUUUGAAGAGAUUGGUUGCCUUAGCUCAAGCAAAAGCAAGGUGGUAUGCUGUCAUUUUUCAUCCGAUGGCAGACUUUUAGCCAGUGCGGGACAUGACAAGAAGGUUUUUGUUUGGAAUAUGGAAACUUUUGAUUUUAUUGAUUCUUCAGAAGGACAUUCUCUCCUAAUCACAGAUGUUCGGUUUAGACCAAGUUCAACUAUACUUGCCACUUCAUCUUUUGACAGAACAGUGCAAAUAUGGGAUGCAGCAAAACCUAGCAAAUCACUGUUCAAGCUUCUUGGGCAUGCUGAUCAAGUGAUGGCAUUGGAUUUCCAUCCAAGAAAGGUUGACCUCCUUUGCUCAUGUGACAGUAAUGAUGAGAUCAGAUUAUGGAAUGUCAACCGGGGUGCUUGCUUACAUGUCUUUAAGGGAGCAACUAAACAAGUCAGAUUCCAGCCUCAGUGCGGAAAGUUGUUAGCUGCAGCUUCUGGAAAUAGUAUCAAUGUAAUUAAUGUUGAGAAUAAUCAUAGCGUCCAAUUCAGCUUAAAGGGUCAUGCCAAAGAAGUCCUUUCUCUUUGCUGGGAUAUGAGUGGGGAGUAUAUUGCAUCUGUUAGUGAAGACAGCGCAAGGAUAUGGUCACUUGUGACAGGCGGAAGUUGCAUGCAUAAGUUAUUUUCAAAUGGCAACAAGUUCCAAUCAUGCACCUUUCAUCCUGGAUAUUCACAACUGCUGAUGAUUGGUGGUUACCAGUCCCUUCAGUUUUGGAAUACAAUUGAGAGCAACAAAACAUGGUCAAUUCCAGCACACAAAGGGCUAAUUGCCGCAUUGACUGAUUCACUAGAAACCGAUAUGAUUGCAUCAGCAAGCCAUGAUAAAUGUGUGAAGUUAUGGAAAUGAGAGCCUUUGUGAUGCAGAAGCCGGAUGCUUCCAAGUGUCCGCAUAGCAUGUCUACCUAUGGAGGUCGGUGAAUUAGAUACAUCUUAUCGGUUCAAACUAUACUUUAUGGGUACUGAUUUUGACAGAAGCUUAGAUGGUAAUUUUGGGAAGUCUGGUUGUCAAGAAUAAGUGUCGUACGGCUGAAGUACGACUUCUACCAUAGUAUAACUGGCAAACAUAGAAAAUACUUGGAAUCAUAUAUCUUACACCGGUAAAAAGACAAACAAAUAUAAACACAUGUAUGAGUUCUGAAAAGAUAUUGCAGUAAAAUGUUACAAUUUCUAAUCA